AUGUCGAUAAUCGAGGAGAUCGUUUCGCGUCUCGACGUCAACAUCGGCAAAGUCCAGCUUCGGCUCAGCGACGAAGAAUAUGUUGCCCGUGAACAAAGCCGCAUCGCCGAUUCCGAUGAACCGCUGCAGAUGAUCAAUAGGCUUCGGCCGACCGUCCAGACCUUGUCGACCGAUUCCCGCGGCCUCCUGCGCCAGCAGAAACUGCUAGAUGUCUUGAGUCGCACCCAAAGCGCCCAUAAGGAUAUCUUAUUUCGCGAUCCCGGGGUGCCUCUCGAUGAAAACACGCACGAGUUAAUCUGGUUUUUGGUCGGGAAAGCUACAGCGCAAACACUCGGGGUCGUGCUCAACACGUUGCUCGAUCGCCUGUCAUUCCUCAGUGACGAAAUCGAGUACUGGGAUGGCAUUCUAGCCUCCAACUUCUACACUGGCUGCUAUAUCCUGCAGACCGCGCCAUCAAGAGUUUGGACGCGCAUUCAUGAGGCUUAUGCAGUCUUAGAACACACCCCCGGGGCCGACCACGGCUUCUCGUCUUAUUCAGUCACCAGGACAUGGGCCCAAUUCUACCAAAUAGUACAGCGCAACGCGCAAGAAAGUCUUAGGCAGAAUGUCACCAACGCUGUCAUGUCGCCCUUUUCCCGUUCCCGCUCCGAGAUCCGCCAAAAGAGGAAGUCGCUCAAGUCACUCAGGGACCUCAAUGCUAGUGCCAUUGGUCUAUUGCUUGAAGAAAGUUUCACUCUGGGUGACGGCGAUCAGCUGUCCGGAAAAACAGUGGUGACUACUUCCGAAUGGUGCAACAGCUUAUACAGAAGCGCCCUGUUGAUGGGCACCAUCUUUCAAGAGUUGACUAGUUCCACCGUUUCAGUAAAGGAAUUCGAAGACGGCAUUUUUAAUUCUGUCGCUACCCAGGUCCAGGAACGACAGCACCAGGCCGUUAGCGAUUAUGCCUCACAGCCAGGUGAUGUUAUAGAGCACUUGGCCGUUGUACUACGAACUCGAAUACCCGAAAAUGCCGUAUCCACAAACACCCUAGUUGGCCAACAUGGGCGCCCGUCUGCUAUUGUUCGUUACUGGAUACCAGCCUCAGUUCUCCUGCUAUCGUUAAGUUCGCUGCUUCGCAUUAUUACAAGUCGAAAGGCUGAGCUCCUAACAUGGAUUUCUGAAUUUGGCGCGACUGUACGCGACUUUUGGGGGAACUGGGUUUUAAAGCCGAUCGAAGGCCUUAUUGGGACCAUUCGGCAUGACGAACAAAGCCAAAUCGCGCUAGUUAGUAGGAACAGCUUGAGCACAGAUCAGGAAAGUUUGGAGAGAAUGGUGGUGGACUUUAUUUCCGACCGCUCUUCAGCUAGUGAAACAUCGCAGCCCGAUAUCCAGGCCAUUACAGCGCAGGUGAAAGAAGGGGAUUUAACCGCUGUCUUGAAGGCUUAUGAACGAGACUUGCGCAAGCCCUUCAUGGGCACUGUAAGGGGCGACCUUGUCCGAGCCCUCCUUAUCCAGAUUCAAAAAACCAAGGUGGAUGUGGAAGUGGCCAUCGGAGGAAUAGACGCCUUGCUCAAAAGUCAAGAGCUUGUGUUUGGAUUUGUCGGUUUGACCCCAGGUAUCUUUGUCUCGUACGCCACCCUUCGAGGGAUUGGCAGCUUUCUCGACAAGAGGAAAGGCAUUCGAGCAGGCAGUGAGAAACACCGACUUAGGCGGGCCAUUCGCAAUGUCAACAGCAUUUUGAAUACAGCCUCGUCGACCUCUAAUGGUGCUCUAUCAUACAAAGACUACGGAUUGUUCAUAUGUGAGGCACAUGUGAUGAAGUACUGUUCCCAAUAUACAUUUCCAAAGUCUGUUUUGAGCGACUUCAAAGAGGAUCUGGCCGACCUGAUGGAUAUCAAACUGCUUCUCAUUGGAGAUUCCGGCGUGGGCAAAUCGUGUUGCCUGCUCCGGUUCAGUGAGGAUUCGUUCACGCCGUCCUUCAUCACCACCAUCGGAAUCGACUUCAAAAUUCGCACAAUUGAAUUAGACGGCAAGCGCGUCAAGUUGCAGAUAUGGGAUACGGCUGGCCAGGAGCGGUUUAGAACCAUUACCACCGCCUAUUACAGAGGCGCGAUGGGCAUCCUUCUGGUUUAUGAUGUUACAGAUGAGCGGUCUUUCAACAGUGAGGAUAACAAGGACAUCCGAACCUGGUUUUCGAACGUGGAGCAGCAUGCGAGCGAAGGCGUCCAUAAGAUCCUCAUCGGCAACAAGUGCGACUGGGAGGAGAAGCGAGCGGUAUCGACCGAGCAAGGACAGAAGCUUGCUGACGAACUAGGCAUCCCCUUCCUCGAAGUUUCUGCGAAGAACAACAUCAACGUCGACAAAGCAUUCUACAGCCUGGCGACGGACAUCAAGAAAGUCAUGGAUACCUCGAAAUCGGAACAAGCCGGCGCUCAAGGAGGAGUCAACAUAGACCAGAAUAAUGCUGGCGCAAACAGCAACCUUGGCGGCAAAUGCUGCUAA